UAAAGCUCACGUUGCAGUUGCAAUAUAAUCAUGCUUGUGUCUGUUCUUGUGUUGGUCCUAUUGUUGAUGUUAAAGAGCAAUCUGAUAUAUUUUACAGAGAGAGGUAUAUGGCUCACCUUUUAGCACCAGGCUAUAAAGAUGUAUUCUUGCCAAGUGUUUACGAUGCUUUAUUACUUACUAGAUCCACAUGUGAUUUUAGAGAUGGACGACUCAUAACUUCUCCAAAUUUUACACAGUAUCUCGCUGAGAUACCAUUUAACGAUAGUUAUUUAUUUGCUAUCAUGCAUCUUAUACCUGCAGACUAUACAGAAAGAUUAGAAUCUUUGUCCUCAUCGAGGGAAAGGCAAGCCUCUCCCCAUACCAAGCACGAUCUUAUUCUACCCUUAGCUGCAUUAUUUCUACUAAUCAAAUCUUAUGCUAGUAUCCCAACUCUAGAAAUAAGUCAACUAUGCUACAAAGCUCUAUUAAGAACAAUAGCCCUUUCUACUACACAAUGCCUUAGCACUUGGAGAUGUCGUACUUUGUUUUCAUUACAACCUGUUAUAGUUCCAGUUGGUAGAAUAGCUCUUGGUCGUAUUUUAAAUGUUGUCGGUUCUAUAAUUGAUCCUCAUGCCCAAAUAAGUCAUUCCUACCAAUUUACUAGAUGUGGACUCAUAGAUUACAAGUAUAGUGGUAAGUAUAACUCCACUAAAGCAAAGGCACAUAGGCUAUCUUUGAUAGCCCGAGGUGUGCCCCGAUUGGCUAUGCUAUUUACAUCCCAUUCAGGAUUCAUCCCACAGGCAUUUAAGUCAGAUCUAGCUUACUUAAAAGCACACUUUCCGAAGGCUCUGUGUGCUGCUAGCAGCACAUGGAUAUCUAUGAUAUCCCGAGGUGUGCCCCGAUUGGUCUUGCCUCCUUAUAUAUUUUACUUCUACUCUAUGAUAAGCCUAAACUUAAAAGGUACACAUCUUAUUCCUUAUGCAAAUAAGACUACAUCAGAUACACAAUUCUCACAAGUAAAGCCUAUUCAUAAAACCCCGGAUAAGUUAGUAAGACUUAGUACUGAUCUAAGAUUAUUUGAAACAGGUAUAAAGGUUGUAGACUUACUAACUCCAUAUGUACAAGGUGGGAAAAUAGGUUUAUUUGGAGGUGCAGGCCUUGGUAAGACAGUAGUUAUAAUGGAGUUAAUAAGAAAUCUAGCAAUAGAGCAUGGGGGUCUUUCUAUAUUUGCUGGUGUUGGUGAAAGAACUCGUGAAGGAAAUGAUUUAUAUUAUGAAAUGCAGGACUCAGGUAUUAUAGCUCCUUAUGCUAAUCCUUCCGAUUCCAUACAUAUAAGCCAAUCGGGGCUCAUCUCUCCAGCAAAGGAAGUUUGCACGAUAGCCCUUAAUGAGAAUUCUCUAGUUGCCUUAGUCUUUGGGCAAAUGAAUGAAACACCUGGAGCAAGAAUGAGGGUAUGUCAUGUUGCAUUAGCAAUGGCUGAAUAUUUUAGAGAUCUUUCACAUCAAGAUGUACUUAUCUUUAUUGAUAAUGUUUUCAGAUUCCUACAAGCUGGUUCAGAAGUAAGUACCUUAUUAGGAAGAAUGCCCUCAGCAGUUGGAUAUCAACCAACUCUUUGUACAGAGAUGGGGUCUAUCCAAGAAAGAAUAGUUGCUACUAAGCUAGGAUCAAUAACUUCUAUUCAAGCUGUCUUUAUACCUGCAGAUGACUUAACAGAUCCAGCACCUGCAGUAAUCUUCGGCCAUUUGGAUGCUAUAACAGUACUAUCUCGAGCUUUAGCAGCUAAAGCUAUAUACCCUGCUGUAGAUCCAUUUAAUUCCACAUCUAAAAUGCUUUCACCUUCCCACAUCUCACAAGAACAUUUGCUAGUAGCAACUUCAGUAAAACAAAUCUUACAGCGAUAUAAAGAACUGCAAGAUGUAAUUGCUAUUCUAGGAUUAGAAGAAUUGUCCGAUCAAGAUAGAGUUAUAGUUAAUAGAGCAAGAAAGAUUGAGCGAUUCCUCUCCCAAGCAUUCUUUGUUGCAGAGAUAUUUACAAGAAUUCAAGGUGCUUAUGUCUCUCUAGAUGAAACAAUAUACGGCUUUAGUCAAAUUGUUAAUGGUCUUUAUGAUGAUUGGUCCGAAGGUUCAUUUUAUUUAAAAGGUACGAUCUUUAGCUAA